AUGUUGCACUUUGAAAAUGCCAAAUCAGGCUAUAGCAUUAUUAUUAUUAUAUAUUAUUAUUAUUAUGGCUUACUUUUUCUACCCAAGUGUGGUUAUGACGACAAUAUAAAGGAUUUUAAGACAUUCAAAGUUCAAGAGGAUGAUGUUUUUGUAAUUACGUAUCCAAAGUCAGGUACGGUAUGGAUGCAAGAGAUUAUUCCCCUGCUCCUCAAUGGAGGAGAUUUUACUCCUGUGCAGACCAUCCCAAACUGGGAAAGGGUUCCUUGGCUUGAGGCAACUCCUGCUCUGUUCGUGGACAAGAUGAGUUCUCCACGGGCUAUGGUCUCCCAUAUGCCUUAUCAUCUGAUGCCUUCCUCAUUCUUCUCUUCUAAGGCUAAGAUCAUUUAUAUUACCAGAGACCCAAGAGAUGUCUUGGUUUCCUCUUUUCAUUUCCACCGGAUGGCCAAUUUUCUAGAUAACCCAGGAACAUUCGAAGAAUUUGCUGCCAAAUUCCUAGCAGGGAAAGUGUUUUAUGGAAAGUGGGCUGACCAUGUAAAAAGCUGGAGAAACCCAGAUAUAGGAGACAGAAUUCUCUACAUCAAAUAUGAGGAGAUGAUUCAGGUAAGUGUUUCGAUUAGGACCAUAAAAUGUCUAUAA